CGGCGGGUGGGCGCGCGUGAGCGGCAGCCCGGGGUACUCGGUCCCCAGCCCCGCGCCCCCAGCCGGGACCCCACCUCGGGCUGAGCUCCACCCCCCGCGUCAACAGCCCCACCCCCGCGUACCCAGUCAGUCUCCUCGCGUCCCAGCCGGGCCUCGGGCCUCCACUCCGGAUCCCCCUGCGCUGCCAUUCCAGCGGGCCCAGCGCCCAUCGCCCUGCUCUGCGGCCCUCUGGACACAUGUCCUCGAGAAGCUCGAGCCUACACUGUCCUGCGUCGGCGAAGCAGGUCCAAAGACGAGGAGGCUCAGAGACUCAUGUGCGGCCUCCCUGGAUGGACAAGCGGGUAUAAGUCUCCAGAGAGACACUCCAGGGAGAGGGCAUCUGGCUUCCAAGAAGGAAAAAGCAUGCAGUUACCUACAGCAUUCUUCAAAAGGGCAGACAAGAAUUUGGACAAGUGCGUCAAAGGACAAGAAACCUUCUGAUCAAAUUUCACACAAGAUAGUGUUUUUAAAAUGAGUGAACAUGCAAUUGGGGAAAGCAUUGUGUAGAAACAGGACACAGGAGAGAAACGAUCAGGCCCUGUUCUGAGGGGACAGCUCCCAGGGAGCAGGGUCCUCCUGUGACCAGCACAGAGAAUGAGGUCAUUUGAUCUAAACAUCCUGAUGGCCCAGACUCUUCGGGAGAGAGCCCAAGAGGCUGUAAAGAGAACACAAAGGUAUCCUGGGCAAGCUUCAGGGAGAGGCUUUGGGGAGCUUGUGGGGGUGGGGCGGGAGCAGGGCAAAAACAUCCUAGUCAUUCGUUUUAGGAGGGUGGAAGGGAGCGAAGGGAGGGCCAGGUGGGGGCAUGCCUCAAAGGGAAUUCUGGUCUGCCUUGUCAGUUUUAUUUUUUUUACAAGCAGACUCUAUUUAUGUAUUACUUGUGUUAUUAGAAAUUAACUUUGAAAAGGAGGCAAAGGGUACAUGACAGGUGGGAGUUAGAGGGUAUAAGGCCAGGCAGAGCCAGCUCCCCAGGGGCAGAAGACCAGGAGACACUUGGAUGUGUGGAGAGACUGCAGAGGUAGCCAGCCCUGUGCUCAGAAGGGAAGGUGGGGAGGGGAGUAAGAGGGGGUCUGGAUCAGGGGGCAUACCUGGGUCCUGGGAGACGCCAGGGAAGAGGGGACCCCAUCUAACCCUGCCAGCACCUCCCACCCUGGGAACAGACACCAGCCCUCAAUCCUGACCUUUCAGAUGGUCCUUCCUUAUCACAUGUCAAACCUCUGAAUGGCUUUACCUUACAGGCCAGGAACCUGGGGCCUCACAGCUGCUCAAGCUCCUCUCUGAAAUGUUCCCGGGGAAAAGGAGCUGUGAUUCAUUACAGACAAAGAGCAAGUUUACAGACAGAUGCCAGGAGGGCUCCCCUCCAGAGAACUGUCACUUUAGCACUGCACUGUCAGGAGAGAGGGUACACAAGCGGGGCUGGAGACGGAGGGCACUCUGUGCCCAGGGGAUGUGUCCACCUGGGAAGUGAGGGACUGUGUCCUGCAGCUGCAAACAGGGACACGGCUCAGCGUCUGAGGGUCACAGAGCUUCCCCGGGUUGGCUUCUCCCAGGUGAUGGCCUGUGAGCAGCUUCCUUCCCAGAAAACCCGUCCUCGUGAAGCCAGGUGGGAGGAGGCUUGAGGGUGAGGCCUGCUCUGUGGUCUGGCUGCAGGUCGGAGGGGACUGGCUGGCAGAUGGGAAUUGGCAAACGUGGAGAAAAGGAGCAAGGAGAAACCCGCAUGUGUGCUGGACAACAAGGCUGGCUCAGCUGCAGGCAAGGCAGGCUGUGCCCAUCUUUUCAGAACUGGAGGCGCUUAAAGGUCAUAUGUCAUUGCAGAGAGAAGAGGUUGAGACCCAGGCCCAUCCAGGCCACCUCUCCACAGACAUAGCUCAAGCUGGAAGGCCCCCAGGGCCUCGAGGCACGGCCUGCCUUUUCUACCCCCUCAAGACCCUUCCUUCUGCAUCACUGGCUUCAGGGGGUCGUUAGAAACAGGUCUCUGCCGUGACUGGACUGUUUUCAUCUCCCUCUUAUCAUAUUAAAUGUUAAACAUGCAAAAAUACACGUCGGCUUUUGGAUAACCGGAUCCUGGAUGAGCAAGAGUUAGAAGAAGGCACCAGGCCAGCCUUCAGCAGCAUGGUACUAACACUAAUACACUGGCACCCGUCCUCCCAACUGACCCUCAGGACCAGCCUGCCCUAGCAGACACCCUUGUCAGCCUCCCUUCUACAGAGCAGAGGAGGAGGCUCAGAGAGGGCAAGCGGCCACCCAGAGUCACACAGCAUGCCGUGUUGGGUCAUGAGCCCAGACCUCUACUCCGCUUUCCUGUGGGAGCCUCAUCGGGGCAGGGAUCUGUCCAAGACUGGGAGGGCAGGGGGCCCACGGAUGCCCACUCACCCCUAGGAGGGCUCUGGGGGCUGCCGCUAACUGCUCCCCAACAAAGGUUGCUCAUUGCCACCCAAGCUGCCCCUCUCUCACCGGUGGGAGUCACCUCCAACAGUGCCAGGAGCCCAGCAUGGGGGAAAUGGCUGGCAGGAAACUGGUGAAUAUGGCUUCAAAAGUCACACUGCUUGGCCUGGACUGAGCACUCACCUUGUGCCAGGCAUCAGGCCAGGCACCUUUCCUGAAGUAGCUCACUCAGCCCUCAGCACAAGCCUAGGGGAGGUGCUGUCACUAUCUUCCCCAUCCAGAUGGGGAAACUGAGGCACUGAGAAUUCGGUAGCAGAUGCAAGUCCUCGUGGCUGACGGAACUGCAUAAGGUGCUGAAUGAACAAGAGUCUACGAAAGGAUGUGAAGAGCUGAGCGCCUGGGAAGGACACCAAGAGGUGGCCAUGACUUCCCAAGUAAGUCCAAGAGCUUAGCCCCUCAGUGACACUCAAGAGAAAGGCGGUGGGAAAGGUUUUCAGUCUACACGGGAAGAGAAAGCUGCGGGCAGUCCUGCAGUGGCUAUGAGACCAUAACAGACGCUGACUCUCCACCCUGGUCACCAAGACUGCACACAGCCUAGCAGCGAGCACGACAGGCACCCUCCACAGCAUGCAGGCCGCGGCUGUUCCAAACAGAAGCCGCAGCUGGAGUUAAUUUAAACCGGUUUGGCCGCCCUUACCCACACUCUCAUGUGGCCACUUCUGGACCAGGCCACUGUGCUAUCAAACUUUGACGGGUGGAGAAGCUGGUGGUGAGCAUUCUGUGGCGUGGCAUUUGUGACGGAACCGGAAAGGCCCAGCCCCUGUGGGGUCGGCCAGGGGGAGGCUCUCCAGCUGGCACUGCAGCCUGUCUUCCAGGCGGAGACCAUGCUGGACAAGAUUAAUCAACUGCAUUUAUGUUUUCCUUUUUGACACGAAAGGCAAUUUGGACACCCAGAAAAAUCAUGGGACCAAGCGUGGAUCAGCAGUGCCCCAAAGUCGGGCAAAGAAGAGAGGGCUGGUGUCAGGGUUUUGAGGUCAGAGGGUGUCUUUGCCCAGCUCUGAAUGCCGUAGAAGCUGAGGCUUUGGCUGCAUCCCUUCACCGCCAAAUCUCAGCCUGCUUGUUUGUCAGAUGGGUGGCAGGAAUGAGGCCUAUUGACCAGGAUUUUCACUACCAGGGUGAGUGAGAGAAAAGGCUAACUCCCCCUAGUGGCUGCCCCUUGUGCCGCAGCUCAGGGACAGGUGGUGAGCAAGGAUCCCCUCAGUGGGGGUCAUGGCAGCACUCUGACCGCCCUCAUUUGAUGGAGGAGGGUGUCAUUCUGCCCAAAGCUAGUCCCAAUAUCUCUGUGAAUGUCAGCGAGAUGGCAGGGGGCCAGAUGAAGCCCAGAUGGACUAGACUCUCAGAAGGGGUGGGGAAGGAGCGUAGUCAGUGACGCACGGUGGUCCCUUCCCAGACGGGUGCAGAAGUCACCCGGGUCCCGGAACCCGGAGGGCCUGAGGGGCGGGGUCAAGGAGGGGCACACGUGGGUAGGCGGAGCUCUGGAAUCAGGUUAGCUAAGGAGAGCGGAUCACGACCACCUGCCCCCAGGACCGAGGGAAGGGUGGGCAGGAGUGCGGUUCCUGGUCGGAGAGGGAGACGGGGUAGAAGUGGGGGGCCGCCUGCCCCUGCCGCCCCAGCGCCGAGCGCAAAGAUGAUGCUGGUCCUGGGGCGGCUGGAAAGAGCAGACUGUUCCGGGGGAGAGCGAACCCCGCGUCCUCGCUCUGGGGGUCGUCUGGCAGUUCCCCCACGUCCAGUGUCUGCCCGGCGUCCACCACCUCACCCGGCCCCGUGCCAGUCCCUCCGCCGCAGCUCCGCGUCCGACUUGGGCCAGGAAGGUGGGGGGGAUUGUUGCCCUCGAAGGCGGUGGGUUCGCAACUUGCGUGUCGGGGGCUGGGAAAGGAGGCGCAGACCACCCCAUUCUGGGCGUGCUUGGAAACGGCGGCAGCCCCUCCCCCAUCCAAACCCCGCUGCGCAUAGGGCGGUGGCUCUUUUUAACCAGAACCGUUGGCACCGUGUCGCAGAGGGUGGUCCCCGAGCAGCAGCAGCGAGGGGAGGGGGCAGCGGCGAGGUGCGAGCGCCGCUCUCCCCAGUCCCAGCUCGGGUCCCUCUCCCCGUCCUCUCGCAGCACCCCCUCCCGGGCGCUCCAUUUGUGCAGGGAGAGCCCGGCGCCCCGCCGGUCCUGGGCUGGGGCUCCCACAAAGGUUCCCACCCUCUUCCCUGCCCCCCGCAAAGGCGCGGUCCAACCAGGGUCUGUGGUCGCCGGACGCGUCAGGGGACCCUGUCCACACCCGCGAGCGCUCCCACCCAGGGUCACGGGCCGCGCCCGUAUCCUGGGAGCCACCCUGCCGCAGUCACUCCAGGCCCUAUACGAUGUCGCCCCAAGGGGCAGUGCGACCCCGCGCCCAACGUCCCUACCCCGGGCGCUCCCCAGGUCACGGGCCCUGCCCAGCGGCCCACGCCCUCCAGGCCGGAGCCUCAAUCCCAAGCUUUAGGGCACGGGGUCGCCCCAACACGCGGCUGUGAACCCAGACGCCUGCGGGUUCGGCCCUGUCGCGCCCUGAGCCCUUGCAGUGCGCGGGAUCGGAGAUGGGAAAACAGAGUCUUCGGUCAGCCCCAGCCUUAGGCAAGGCCAGACAAUGGCCUCU